AGUAUAGAAUGUUAGAAGUUGAAGAAGAAAAAGAGUAGUAAGCAUAUAAUUAAAAAAACUAAAAAGAAAGUCAUCCUUUGGUCUCCGGCUUCCUUCGUACGGGAGAGUUCUCCUUCUCCAUUUCAAUUUUAUUUUUCCUCAAUUCGAUCUCUCCACUCUUCACCUGACCACCUGCUACUUUAUCAUCGGAACUCUCUUAAUAUAAUAGCCAUUCUGGGUGUUUUUUUCUUCAGGUUGUUUAAUUUACAAUUUCUGAUGCUGAAGAAAUAACCAAAACUUGAAGCUUUGCUUUUUAGUGCAAAAGAUGUUGGAAGGUGUUGUGAAAUUCCCUGGAAUCAUAGACCUCAACAAACAUAAUGAUAGCUAUUAUGAUUUCUCUCAAGGCUUUUACCAUAAGCUUGAGGAUGGCACCAAUAUGUCAAUUGACAGCAUUGGGAGCUUACAAACAAGUAACGGUGGAGGAUCUGUUGCAAUGUCUAUUGACAAUAGCAGUGUUGGGUCCAGUGAUUCCCAUACUCGCAUACUGAACCACCAAGGGUUGCGGAGGCAUACCAAUGAUAAUUACUCCAUUGCACAGAGUGUCAAUCAUCGAGGAAAAGUCACGCAUGCUUUGAGUGAUGAUGCUUUGGCUCAAGCUCUGAUGGACAGUAGUUCCCCAACUGAGGGGCUUGAAAAUUUUGAUGAGUGGACAAUUGAUUUGAGGAAUCUUAUAAUGGGUGAGGCUUUUGCUCAAGGAGCUUUUGGGAAACUCUACAGAGGUACUUACAAUAGCGAAGAUGUUGCCAUCAAAAUCUUGGAGAGGCCUGAAAAUGAUCCAGCAAAGGCUCAGUUUAUGGAACAACAAUUUCAGCAGGAGGUCAUGAUGCUAGCUACACUAAAGCAUCCUAACAUAGUUCGUUUUAUUGGUGCAUGCCGUAAGCCAAUGGUAUGGUGCAUUGUUACAGAAUAUGCCAAAGGGGGUUCAGUUCGACAGUUUUUAAUGAAGCGUCAAAAUCGAUCAGUGCCCCUCAAAUUGGCUGUUAAACAAGCUUUGGAUGUUGCAAGAGGGAUGGCAUAUGUUCAUGGCCUUGGGUUUAUCCAUAGGGACUUGAAAUCUGAUAAUCUUUUGAUUUUUGGCGACAAAUCAAUUAAAAUUGCUGACUUUGGAGUUGCCCGGAUUGAGGUGCAAACUGAAGGAAUGACACCUGAGACUGGAACGUACCGUUGGAUGGCUCCGGAGAUGAUCCAACAUAGGCCUUACACACAAAAAGUGGAUGUAUAUAGCUUUGGGAUUGUUCUAUGGGAACUCAUCACUGGAAUGCUUCCAUUUCAGAACAUGACAGCAGUCCAGGCAGCAUUUGCAGUUGUGAACAAAAAUGUUCGCCCAAUCAUACCCAAUGACUGCUUACCUGUUCUCCGUGAGAUCAUGACAAGAUGCUGGGAUCCCAACCCUGAUGUUAGGCCACCAUUUCCUGAAAUUGUAGGAAUGCUUGAGAAUGCAGAGACUGAGAUCAUGACAACUGUUCGGAAGGCCCGUUUUAGGUGUUGCAUUACACAACCAAUGACUGCUGACUGAUCCUGGGGGAAACAAAUGAAAUAGAGUCAUAAGAACAUAGACUGAUAAUUUGGAGGGAACAUGAGACUCAGGUAGUGAAGGGUUACUCUAUAGUAGCUUUGUGUAUCUGUGUGUUUAAUUUCUUUCUUCAGAAAAAAAUAAAAAAAAAUAAAAAUUGGAGACCUUUUGGUUGUUGGGUUCCUGUUUACUGUUUGUACUAAAUUAUUAAGAGAUUGUGUAUGUAAAACAUGCAUGCAUGCAAUACAGUUAUGUAUAGCUUUGGAAACAAAAUGGAAGAAAAAUUUGCUGUUUAGCGC